GUGAGUAAUAGCGAGUUGACACCCUUACAUUUCAAGCAGCAUUGAUGUAUAUAGCGAGUUAUUUACGUUUAAAUUAACCUUCACUGAUGCAAAAUGUCUCGACUCGUGAAGAAAUCUCCCUCUGUCUGUACGGAUCUCCCUCUGAACAGCUCAGAUGUUUGUAACAAACUCCGCCUGAUGAAGGAGCUUCUCAAGUCUUCUUACGGUCCUACUGCCAGGCUGAAACAAGUUCAUAACGACAUCGGAGGGGCCGUAGUGACCACCUCCACCUCAUCUGUUCUCCUUCAAGCCAUUUCCUGUUCUCAUCCCAUCAUCAGUCUGAUAAAAGGCUCCAUUCUGAAUCACGUCUCCCGGUACAGUGACUGUGGUUUGUUCGCUUCUGUUUUCUGUCUGUCUCUAAUUGAAGAAGCAGGGCGUUGUGGCCUCAGGAAAGACGUGAUGAUCAGAGUAUACAAGCACCUUCUGUCUCUCUGCACUGCUCAUCUACAACAAGAGGACUGUGGUUGUAAAGUCAAGCUGGACUUUUGCAGCAGCCGGAGUUUGAUUACUUUAGCUCGCAGUGUUAUCGCCAGCAAACCGACUUGUGUGCUUUCAGAACCAGAAUCAGCCCACAUCAGCAGGCUGGCUGUUCAAGCCUUCCUACUGACUGUUCCUUGCAACAUCCCAGAUAAAGUCCGGCUUGGCAGAACAGUUACUAUCCCAAUAGAGGGACACUCUGUGCUGGAAUCAGCCGUGUUUUCUGGCCUACUAUUGGACACGCCUGAAAACAUUUCCCUUGGCAGUCUUUGUAGUCCACUGCGUAUGGUUCUGUUCAGUGCAUCUUUGGCUGGAGAUCUUAGUGAACUUGGAGAUGGUAGGAUCGAGGUGCAUCAGGGUGUGGACACUGACUCACAGAUCCUGGAUCAGCUUUUGGAACUUGGAAAGCAGGUGCUUAAAGAUGAGGUGAAGUUAUUUGUGUGUCAGAAGGUCAUCCACCCAGUGCUGCAGCACUACUUGAGAUGCAAUGGUGUAAUAGUCAUAGAGAGACUUGGAAUCAGUCUCAUGGAGCCACUUAUUCAGCUGACAGGUGCUCAACCUGUGGCCACGCUGCACACCACAAUCCCACGCGCAGCCUAUGGGGAGGUCCAUAAUGUCAGUGUCAGGCAGUUUGGAUCCAAGACAAAGAUACAUUUACACCCUGCUGGGAAAACAACCACCUGUACCAUGAUCCUCUGCCACAGGAAUGAAACGAUGCUGAAUGAACUGAAGCUGGUGUGCCAGAAGACGGAGCAUGUGUUGAGGCUCACUCUGAGGGAGCCGUGUGCUUUACUCGGAGGUGGCUGCACUGAAACCCACUUAGCUGCUUAUAUCAGAUACCAGAGCAAGAAUGAUGUUUCGGAGUCUUCACCUGUUUUGAGCUGCUCACAGACAGAGUACCUUCUUGCUGCUGAGGCAUUCUGCCGCUCUCUGGAGUCGGUGGCCACAUCUCUAGAGCACGACAACGGGGCUUCUCUCAUCGACCUGACUCACGCACACCACUGGACUCUCCCUUCAGAUGUUACAGAGGAACACCUGAAGGACGCUACGGCACUCUGUGGCUGUGGAGUGGUACAAAGCUGCCAAAAUAGAAAGUGGAGCUACCUAAACACUGAAUAUGCAGAGUUCUCCCCGGCACCCUUGUUAACAGCAGCACCACUGCAGCCGACCGUACUUGACUCCUUCACAGCUAAAGUUAACGCGUUAGAAGUUGCCGUGGAAACUGCUAAUCUUGUACUGGAUGUGAGAUAUGUAAUUCAGGAUGUGAACUAACUAUGAAGAUGUAUUAUCAACAAUGAGAUAACAUCACAGACACUCUUUUGCGAUUUUUUAUUUUAUUAUUAUUUUAUGUAAACAGUAAAUUACAUUUUUACUAUUAUUAUUCAGCAUGCAGAACACUCUGGCAGUAAAUUAAUACACAUCAAUAAAGCAUCCCCACUGUAAAGCAAAAUGGUGGCACCAUCAUGCUUUGGGAAUGUUGGUCUUCAGCAGGAAGCAGGAAGUUACAACCAUCUCUUCCAUGGAUCAUAAAGAGUAUUAUCCUCAACUCCAACGUCUUUCUAACCAUAUGGCCAGAAAGAGAUAUAAAGAGGAGCAGCAAAAGCAAAUGAGGAUUGGCAGAGCUUGUUAACAACAUAUGGUCUCAUCCAGGACAUAUUACUGUGGAACAUUGUCUCUACUGCCCAGAUAUUGAGCUGUUAGCAUGUCAUAACAGCCUUCAGAAUGUUCUUCAGUCUUCAGUGAGAACACUUUUCAGAUUUAUUACAAUACUGACUGCUACCAAAGAUCCUUCCUGUCCACAGCAUCACCAUCCAUGACAACUUGCUGAAGACACUUUAAUAUCAGUUACAAUAUUUAUUUUCCCUUUGCAAUAAAUUAUUUUUUUUAAUUAAAAUACAUUUUGAAUAGUGCAACACAUAAACACAGAACAGUUUUGUUCAUGUACUACUGUUUGCAAUCAGCAGAGCAUAAUUGAAUAUUAGGAGUACUGGUCAGAAGUUUAUAUGCAUUCAUCUUGCACUUCGGUCCCUCAGUGUUUGCAGCAGGAUGCUGCAUAUCUUCUAUAAGUCUGUUUUGGAGUGUGUAAUCUCUAUGGUCAUCAUCUGUUGGGGCAACAGCAUCAGAGCAAGGGACAAAAGAGUCGGUGAAAAAAGCUCAACAAGCCCAUAAAGAAGAUUGGCUGUUUUCUGGUUUGCUCAGGAGAUGAUGGUGCAAAGAAGAACUUUUUAUAAAACCAGGAAAAUUUCAGACAAUCCUUAGCAUCCUCUUCAUCAUAACAAAAAUAGUUUUUAGUCAGAGGUUUCUUCAAAGCUGCUGUAAUACAGACUGCUACAGAAUAUCCUUCCUACCCAGAGCCAUCAGCAUCUACAACAACUCUGAAUAAAAUUUUAUAAAAUGAGUUACAAUGUUGAACUACGUAAAGCCUAAUACCAGAAAUAAUGGUAAUUGGUCUGAAAUUUUAUAGUUCCUAGUUCAGAGGGUCAAAGUGCUUUACACUACAAUUAGUCAUCCAUUCAUCCAACAGAUGGACCAGGGAUUUGAACUAGCAACCCACCGUUUACAGAACAAACUCCUGCCUCAGAGAAUCAGAACAUCAAACUUUUUUUUUUUUAAUUGAACUGGUUAUUACUCACCUUUAAAAAACUUUAGCAAAGUUUCAUGAAACACUGAAUGGACUCCCACUGUUUUUCUUCUAAAAUGAUUUUUUUGUUACUUUUUUUAAAUAUAUAUUGACUAUUUACAAAAUAAAUGUCAAAUUCUAAUUAAAUAAUACUUCUUUCAUCUCUUAAAAAAUAAAUAAAAUUGCAGUUUUAAUGUGGGCACAUUAUAUAUAGUAAGUUAUGAAAUUUCCUUAAAAAAAAACAAAAAACAUUUGAUCCACUGACCAAUAAAACAGACCUGAAUAAAAAUACUAAUUGCCUUUACUUCACAGUUUUCUUCCAGUCCAGUCAAGUCAAGUUUAUUUGAACAUCACAUUUUAGCAACAAGACAGUUCAAAGUGCUUUACACCAUAAACACAUCACACAGUAUCCAGUUAUGAAACAAGUAAUAAACAUUACAUUUCAUCAAAUGCCAUCAUCAAAAUCAUCACAUAUAUAUAAAUUAAAUAUAAUCAUCAAUGUUCCUGUAACUACGAAUCAAAGGUAACUCUAACACAUGAGGGUUUAGCCUUGAUUUAAAGGAACUCAGUAAUGCAGCUGUUUUGCAGUUUUCUGGAAGUUGGUUCCAGAUUUGCAUACAUCACUGUAUAGUGCAUAUUGGUGUAUAUAACAUUUAA